GGUCAAAGAAAAAGAUUUCGCAAUACUCCCAGGCAGGCACGGUGAAAACCAAACAAUAACAGCUUCUCCGGUGCUUCCGUCCCGUUUGGGGGAAAAAUACCCUGUUUCAUCGCAGAACGUGUGGGUGAUCGACAAGGUUUAAACCUUGAUAAGGAGCGUACAGGCGCGCAGUCGCAACCGACCGCAACCAGCCCCUAGACAGCAUUCAGCACCACCAGCAGCUUGCGAAGGUGCAGACGUGAGCGCAAGAGAGAGGCAGCGGAUCCAAAUGAGCAAGCAGCCGCAGCAGAAGUUAACCAACACAGAUCAGAACGGAGUGAGCGUCAUACAGAGCCAGGCUCAUAGCAGCGUCGCAAACUCUGCAGGAGCUACAGCAGGACUGCAGCAGGUUCCUCAGCUCGUCCCAGUAAGCCCCGGAGGAGGGGGCAAAGCCACGCCACCCAGCAAGAUGAAGAAGACAAUCAUGGACAAAGACAGUGAGGAGUACAGGCAGCGGCGCGAGCGCAACAACCUGGCUGUGAAGAAGAGCCGCAUGCGCAGCAAGCAGAAGGCGCAGGACACGCAGCAGCGCGUCAACGAGCUGAAAGAGGAGAACGAGAGAUUGGAGGCCAAGAUCAAGUUGCUCAGCAAAGAGCUCAGUGUGCUCAAAGACCUGUUCCUGGAGCACGCGCACAACCUGGCCGACAACGUGCAGCCUGCUACCGCGGCACCUGUCACCCCGGGAGACCUCUGUAACACCAACAACAACAACCAGUGAGAUGGAGGUGCUCGUUAAGGGGGCUGCAACUCUGUACCAUAAUAUCUUCUUUAACCUUUUCUUAAAGGAAAUUUUUGUAAAGAUUUCCUCAUUUUUUAGGCUAUUUGCAUUUCAGAAGAAUGAAGCUUUCCCUCUAGGCAUCAGAUAAAAUAUUAUAAUGACCUAAUAAUCAUUUUUAACAUUCUGGACUUUACGAUUAGUAAAGAAAAAAAAGGAUUCGGAUCAGAAUCGGGCGUCGUUAUUUUUUUGUUCCACAGUUCACGGGCUUUUUGUUCCUACACUCGGAUAUUGUUCUCCGUCUGACACGGCGUGUAAAUAAGUGUGGAGGGAAUGCGGAAAAGCGUUAGCAGAGCUUAGGAAUGCCGUAGAGUCGGAUUUUUCCUCUGUUUGAGACUACAGCGAGUCACCAGGCCAGAUUUCUUUGUUGACACUGCUUUUCUCAAACGCCUCGACCGCAGGUCCGCAGCAGCUUGUCAGAUCCGUAAGCACCGCUCCAGACAUGUUCGGGCAAAUCGUUCCGAGUCCCAACAGCAAAGACGAGACAAAAGGAGCAGUGUCCUGGAAAUUUUUAACGAUACUUUAGGGCUCUUUUUAAGGGGCUCGUCUCCUUGUAUGAUACGAUCUUCAUCAGAGGCGCUUUUCUUUUCUUUUUUAUUCUACUUUAAAGAUAUUCCUGAGACCAAGAGUCGGGUCAGUCGAUGGUUAGGACGUGCACGAUGGUGGGAUUUAGACUGGUCGUGUAAAUUCAGUUAACAUUCAGCUCUGGUGAGAUGACAUUGCAGGGGUGGACAAUAAACAAACAAACACUAUUCCUUUCUUGACUUCAAUAAAACACAGUUUCCGUUCGAUGCACAGUCACGUCGAGACGUAGCACGCUCUGUUGUGUGAUUCUAUACUAAGCUCGCUCCAAUCGCACAUAUCAUCUGAGACGCUUAUUUACUCGCGUUUUUUAAUUAGCGUACACUGACUGACUUUAGUAUCAGAAACGCAAAGCCGUGUCAAAAACCCGGCAACACACGCGAUCAGAAACUCGUUCCAUCUGUCGUGAUGACAGAACACGACGUCUUAAAAUGUCAACCGACGACUUUCUUACACGUUCAACACACACACACACACACAUCAUGCUACGUGACCAUAACCACGUCAGCCGUCAUUCGCUCAAUUACUCGUCAUACGAAGGGAUAUUUACAGCUUUAUAACAGUCAGUUUCCAGCACUGUUUGCAGUUGGUCCACCCCUGAAUUACAUACAGAUGUAAAUAACUGUGGAUUUUUGUUGUUGUUGUUCCGUAUGGAAGAAAAGAUCCUUCAGAUCAUUCAAAAAAAGCAGAAGGUUUCUCAAAAACAGAGCGCGCUCCCCCGUCCUGGGACAGAAAGAGCCAGACGGCGUGGACGGCGUUGCGUCAGACCCAGGAGCAGACAGCAGACAGUGCUGGCGUUAACAAAAGCCGUUAAAUUGCACUUGAGCCUCAAACCCUUCUUACAAAACUAUCCUGGGCAUAGACAGACAGACAGACAGACAGAAAGAGAAGGAGAGGGGUGGGACGCAUGCUGUCUGGGGUGUUGGUCGAAUUUAAAAAAAAAUACCCAAACUGAUUUCAUCACCACGGCACCCCGCGGUCCGGCCUGUCUGCGUCUGCGUCUGGUCUGACGCGUGUUUGUUUCACUCGGUACAUAACGAAGGCUUAGACACCGAGGGUGGACUCGUGCUGACUCAUUGAUUAGGCUUCUGAAAAAAAUACAGAAGUGUGUGUGGUGAUUUUUUUUUUUUUUUUUAAGUCGUUCCUUCGUUAUCGCUCGUUUUUGCCUUUUUUUUUUUCUUUCUCUCGAUUCUGACAGCCAAAAAAUUUUAAAAAAAAAAAUCAAAAAAAUCUUUAUAGCAUUUCUACACUGACUUUUUUGUACCUCAGACUACGCCACUAAAGAGACUUUAGUGUAUUUGUACACCUGUUUAAAAUAAAAAACGAAUAAAUAAAUAAAAAAAAAAACA